AUGCGCGAUCCGACGAUCAAGGUCCCCGACGAGCUCCUGGUCGAGGCCAUCUCCCGGUUGCCGGGAUCCACGGGGCCGGUCUUCAUCAGCGAUCCGACGGCCAAGCUCCCAGAUGACCUCCUGGUGGAGGUGAUCUCCCGCGUACCGUACAAGUCCACCUGCUGCUGCAAGUGCGUCUCCACGCGCUGGCGGGACCUCAUCUCCCACCCUGACCACCGGGAGAAGCUUCCCCAGUCGACCCUGGCCGGCUUCUUCCACCAUCGAGAUCGUUCUUCUCCUGGUUACCUAAGCGUCUCAGGGAACUGGUGCCCUCAUGACGCCUCCCUCUCGUUCCUGCCCAAAUACCAGAGACUCCAAAUCUUGGAUUGCUGCAACGGCCUCCUCCUCUGCCGAGGCUGGAAGUCGUCUGACCUCAAGAUGCUGGAUUACGUGGUGUGCAAUCCCGCCACCAAGAAAUGGGUAACUGUGCCUGCCACCAAGUGGUGCUGGAAUAUGAGCAGCGCUUUCCUGGGAUUCGACCCGGCCGUCUCCUCACAUUUCUAUGUGUUCGAGUUGGUAGCUGCUAUUGCUUGGAAUCCGAGUAAGAGGGAUGAUUCUUGCAUUGAAGUGGUGGGAAUCUACUCUUCCAAAGUUGGAGUCUGGACACAUCCAGUUGCUUGGGACGAUCCAUUUGGGAUACUCUACUUAUCAGGUGAUGGCGUGUUCUUGAGCGGAGUAUUGUAUUUAUGCUAUGAUAAUAAUUCAGUUGCAGCUGUCGACCUGCAGGGAAAUUGUAGGAUCAUUCCUAUUCCCACUUCACAUGAUGCUUCUAGCGGUCCUAAUGUCUAUGUAUCACGUGGACAAUUGUAUCUCACAAUUCAGAGUGCUUCUGAACUGUCUUUCUGGGUUCUUGAAGAUUCUAGUACUGAAAAUUGUUGGACCCUGAAGCUCAAUAUCAGCCACCUGCGACUCUUUGGAAUAGGCUAUUCAAGCUCUGAGCAAUUUUAUGGCGUUAUCUCAGCCCACCCAGAACACAAUAUGAUAUUCAUAACCAAAGGAUUCAGAUUCUGCUACCAACCGACGAAAUUAUUUUCAUACGAAUUGGAUUCUGGGGAGCUGCGUUUCAUAUGUGAUCUUUCAUGGAAUUACAGCUUGCCUUAUCUUUCCUAUGUUCCUUUGUUCUCGGAGUCAUUAGCAGACGGAAACUAA